UAUUGUUGUGUUGUUUUCGUUCGAAUCGACGGACAAACAUUUGGAUCAACACGUUCAUUCAGCAUGUCGAUUUGUUCUUCUUUGUUGGUUAUAUUCCUUACCGCUGUAACUGUACGCUGUUACAACGAGGUUAAUGUAAGAGGAAAAAGGAAUAAAGAUGAACUGUCUGUGGAAGACGGCAAGGUAGACGAAUUGAUGGGCAUAUUGCAAGGUAUUUGUGUACAUGAAAAUCCCGAUCAGACGGUUAAACAACUGUUGAAGGAUACUGACACCAUUCUUAAAAAUAUAAAUGUGUAUAAAGAGGUCGUGAGGAAGAACAAGAUGCUUAGAAAAGAGCUGAAGUGGAUUAUUGAAGAAUCAAAAGGUCAACGAGAAACUUCCAGAAUAGUUGAUCUGAUCAAACAAGGUGUAAGAGAUGUAUGUGUUUCCAAGAACUUGAAAAAGAACAGGGAUUGUAGUGAAAUAAGUAGUGAAAGCCGAGAAAGUGGAAUAUAUACAAUAUAUCCGGAUAAAUCAAAAGGAAUUAAGGUUUAUUGUGAAAUUACAGAUGGCAAAGGUUGGACUGUAAUUCAAAGAAGAAUCGAUGGGUCUACGGACUUUUUUGGUAGAACAUGGGACGAGUACAAAGAAGGAUUUGGCGAGGAGGAAAGGGAGUACUGGCUAGGUAACAAAUAUCUGAACAUCCUGACAUCCAGUGGUGAAUACGAACUAAGAGUUGACUUGGUUGAUGCCAAUAACAAAAAGACAUAUGCAGUUUAUAAGAAAUUUGGUGUAGGUGAUGAAAGUGCAAAGUUCAAGUUAACUGUUGGUGAUUACAAAGGAAAUGCAGUAGAUUACUUGGGUUACAACAAUGGUAAAUUCUUUAGCACCAAGGACAAAGACAAUGAUUCCAAUGGUACCAAUUGUGCUACAAAUUUCCAGUUUGGGCCAUGGUGGAAUGGCAGCUGCAGUAAUGUUUCCCUGAAUCUUGAUUUAAAAAAGUCAAAAAUGAGAUGGGGUGGAAUUAAAUACAUCCGAUCUGUAAUGAAGAUCAGAAAAAUCAACUAGAAUAUACGUCUGUAAAUAAA